UGCUAAUAUUUUUAUUGAAUGCACGCAUACAUAUCGGUUUCAUUGAUCUAAACUGAAAUGCAUGCAUAAAAUAUUGCAUAAUAAAUAUUACAAUCUUUUAUACUUUUAAUGUGUUUAAUUAAUGAAGAUUGACAAUCAGUUCAAUAAUAUUUUUGGCAUUGAUUGUCUUAAAUUAUUUAUGGUUUUUUGUCGCUUUAAUGUGAUUGCCGAAGUUAUAGUUAGCUAUUAUUUUUUAUAGCUAUUGACCAAAAAAUGAAUUUGUGAAAAAUGUAUCUAUAACAUUUGUGCACUUCAAGUUACAAUUAUAAUUUGUUUUUUAGUUUAAGUUUCGGAAAAUAGUAUAGAACAUAGAUAGAGCAUUUUUCAAAUUGAAGGGAUGUCCCAGCACAAAAACAUUUUGGAAGAGAAUCCUGAAAAUCAACGUACUAUUGAAGAAUGGAUAAAGCGUAAUAGCUCUGGUAGAUUAAUCAUUAGACCGAAUAACUCAGAAGUAAAUGCUCAAACUAAAAUGCGAAAUGGACAAACUUAUCCAAUUAUUGUUAGUGUUACAAAAAACAAUGUAAAAAACGGGAAUUGUAUGAAAUCUAAUUUACCACCAAAUAAAAGAAUAAAUACAAAACGUAGUUUAAUACAGCCUAAUCUAAUAAAAACAAAAUUUGCAAAAUGGACAUCACCAGCAAUAAGUAUUGAAAUAGAACCAGUUGUAUCAAAAUCUGAAAAGAAAAAAUCUUACUCUGAAUCAGAAUUAGGUACUGUAUUGAAAGAAGAUCCAAAGUUUUUAGAGCCUUCAAAGUAUUUGAAAAAUAAAUUACCGAAUAAUUUGAAAAAAAUACAUAUGCUAACAAAGGAAGGUACCAAAACAGUAAAGAAUUACACUAUCCAUCCAAAAUAUACCCCUAUUUUACAAAUAAGAGAUGAGCAGGAUGUAUAUAGUAGUGUAAAAGAUAAUUAUAAACAACUUUUGAUUCCAAAACACUGGUCAGUAACAGAAUUUGAAAAUGAUUCAUUUAAGCCAUGUAUUGUUUUUUACAAACCUCAUGUGAUCAACAAUAAUGAAAAUUUAAUAACUGUGAUGCAAAGAAGUCUGAUUAUUGACAAAGGUGGAACCAUUCAUUAUUCUAUUUAUGGUUUACCUGUUAAUGUAAAGGAAACAAUACUUCCAGAUGUUCUUGACAGCAUUAAAAAAUUGCUUAGUAUAUUACACAUUUUUGAUAAAAUACAAAUCUGUAAAGGACUUGGAGAUGAUUUACUUAUAGUGAAGACUGAUAGUUUAGUCCACGAUGUUUGCCAAACUUGGCGUCAUAUACAUUGUAAGUUAGUUUUGGUUAAGGCAGACCAAUGCCAAAUUUGUUUAGAUACAAGAAAUGUUUUAUUGGAGAAGGAAAUGCUUUUCAAAUCAGAAAUAUUGUCAAUGCAAUGUGAAGAAAUUCAAAUCAAAGAAGAACAAAUCUGACUUGCUUUUUUAUUUUGACUUGC